GGGAAGGGUUUUACUGUGAGGGCUUCACUAAAACGGCAUCAGGUCAUCCACACUGGAGAGAGACCGUUCAGCUGUGACUUGUGUGCAAAGUAUUUUUCCUGGAAGGAUUCCCUAAAAAAACACCAGCUCAUCCACAGUGGAGUUAAAGCGUACAGCUGUGAUCAGUGUGGCAGAGCUUUUACUCACAGUAGCCACUUACAGAAGCAUCUAGUUACCCACUCUGGAAUUAAGCCAUACAGCUGUGACGAGUGUGGGAAGGGUUUUACUGUGAGGGCUUCACUAAAACGGCAUCAGGUCAUCCACACUGGAGAGAGACCGUUCAGCUGUGACUUGUGUGGAAAGUCUUUUUCCUUGGAGGGUUCCCUAAAACAACACCAGCUCAUCCACAGUGGAGUUAAAGCGUACAGCUGUGAUCAGUGUGGCAGAGCUUUUACUCAAAGUAGCAGCUUACAGAAGCAUCUAGUUACCCACUCUGGAAUUAAGCCAUACAGCUGUGACAUCUGUGGAAAAACUUUCAGCCAGAGAGAGAGCCGAAAUAUACACCUACGCAUUCACACCAGACAUGAUGUGUACUGCUGUGAACAGUGUGGCAAAGAGUUUACUCAAAGUAGCAGCUUACAGAAGCAUCUAGUUACCCACUCUGGAAUUAAGCCAUACAGCUGUGACGAGUGUGGGAUGGAGUUUACUCUGAAGGCUUCACUAAAACAGCAUCAGGUCAUCCACACUGGAGAGAGACCGUUCAGCUGUGACAUGUGUGGAAAGUCUUUUUCCUUGAAGGGUUCCCUAAAACAACACCAGCUCAUCCACAGUGGAGUUAAAGCGUACACCUGUGAUCAGUGUGGCAGAGCUUUUACUCGCAGUAGCCACUUACAGAGUCAUCUAGUUACCCACUCUGGAAUUAAGCCAUACAGCUGUGACGAGUGUGGGAUGGAGUUUACUCUGAAGGCUUCACUAAAACAGCAUCAGGUCAUCCACACUGGAGAGAGACCGUUCAGCUGUGACAUGUGUGGAAAGUCUUUUUCCUUGAAGGAGUACCUAAAAAAACACCAACUCAUCCACAGUGGAGUUAAAGCGUACAGCUGUGAUCAGUGUGGCAGAGCUUUUACUCAAAGUAGCAGCUUACAGAAGCAUCUAGUUACCCACUCUGGAAUUAAG